ACAUUUUUCAUACCGUAUUCAUUAUUCACUCUUUCUCCACAAACUGAACUGAAACUCCAGAAUUUAUCAACGAUGAAAUUAUUUCAAUGUCUUUAACAAUUAACUAAAAAGUGGAUAACGUUGUUAAAGAUAAUUUAUCCCUUGCAAUGAUUAGUGACCAAGCUGAAUCCGAAUACGAUUUGUUUAAAGUCAGCUUUAAAAAAUUUAAAUUGUGUAAAAAUCCUGCAACAGAUUUUAUUCACUCUCGGAGAGAAUCAAAGUCGCAUUCUGGAUCUUUAAAAAAGCUAGACAAAAGUAGGAAAGCGUCCCUUUGUGAUGAUGAAGGCAUAGAUACAUCCAUCCUGCUUGACCCGACGACCGGUUCGGAAGACGAUGCAGCGGAAUUAUGGGACAAGUUAUUGCAAGAACGAUGUCUUCUUACCCACAGCAGCAAGAUGACAUCAACGAAUGAAAGUUUGGCCGACCGGCUUGGACUUUGUCACCCGUCGACGUGGAAAGUAUACCAACUGACAUUUCCAGAUGGGUUGAUAUUGAUAAGGAAUCCAUUCACUCCUAAAGGCCAGAGGUAUUGGAUAAGGAGGAGCGUGAUCGAUUUCCCCAAAUCACCUCAUAUUACCAAUAUUGAUAACUUGGAGAAUAAAGAAGGUAAAUCAAUCAAAGAUAAAUUGGACGCGGAAGGGUUUUUCAAGAAAUUGAGAUGGGUAACAUUUGGAUAUCACCAUAAUUGGGAUAGCAAGGUCUACUCUGAAGAUAACCAAUGUGAAUUUCCUCCAGAUUUAGCAGGUCUUACAAAGUUUAUGGCUGAAGUGUUGGGAUUUCCAGAUUUCAAAGCGGAAGCAUCAAUAGCAAAUUAUUACCAUUUAGACUCUACACUAUCUGGUCACGUAGAUAGGUCUGAAGCUAAUCAAGGUGCACCGUUGUUUUCACUAAGUUUUGGGCAACCUGCAGUAUUUUUAAUUGGUGCUAGAUUGAAGUCCGUGAAGCCUCAAGCGAUUCUAUUACGUAGUGGCGAUGUUGCUGUCAUGUCAGGAGAAAGCAGAUUAGCAUAUCACGGGGUUCCUAAAAUAUUUCAAUCCAAAGAUUGUCCCUGGAUUUCUUCAAAAAUCAUAUCUCCACAGACAAACAAUACCAAUAAGCGUCUAAAAUUAGAACAUCUCGAAACAAAUAAUGAUUGUUCUCUUAAUGUAGACUGGACUGAAUUUUUAUCAAGUUAUGUUGCUAAAUCUAGAAUUAAUCUAAAUAUUAGACAAGUAUUAUUUCCCGGACAUACACAACUUGUUGAAUCUCAAUCGCACAUAAAAACAUUGAAUACAUCAGAGUCAACAAAUGAGUGUCAUUGAUCGAGAUAAGUCAACACACGUUUUAUAAAUAAAUACCAAGUGUACUAACU